AAGACUCAUUUUGCAAGUGAUAAGUUACCCGAACUCAUCCACACAAACACUGAACGUUCCAGGUUCCGUACGAGAUUUGAGCGUUAAUCUAAAUCUCUAAGUGAAACUCUAACGUGGAAUUUCAUGCCUCACUCAAGUGGUGAAAGCGUGUUUGCCAGUAUAGCUGAAAACAUUGCACCAAGAUGUGAUCAAACAACCAAGCAAAAGGUAUUUACAGUUGAAGAAAUGAUGCCUCACAUCCAGCAUCUGAAAGGAGCACAUAGUAAGAACCUAUUUCUUAAAGACAAAAAGAAAAAAAACUAUUGGUUGGUGACAGUUCUUCAUGAUAGACAAAUUAAUUUAAAUGAUCUUGCCAAACAGUUAGGUGUUGGGAGCGGAGGUCUGCGAUUUGCUGAUGAAACAGUCAUGCUAGAAAAGCUGAAAGUUGGUCAAGGCUGUGCCACACCUCUGGCCCUCUUCUGUGAUGAUGGAGAUGUAAAAUUUGUUCUGGAUUCUGCUUUUCUGGAAGGUGGACACGAAAAACUAUACUUUCAUCCAAUGACCAAUGCUGCAACCAUGGGAUUGAGCCCUGAAGACUUUCUUACAUUUGUGAAGAUGACAGGACAUGAACCCAUAAUACUAAAUUUUGAUAAAAAUUAAUGCUCUGGAUAACUGUAUUUCAGAAAACUGUCUUGUAAUUUUAUUUUUUUUUAAAUGAAUUAUAUAUAAGAUUUAUUGAAUCUUAAGAAUUCAGGCCUAGAAGAAAACAGGCCUUGGGGUGAAGUAAGGACAUGGAGUUUUUAUUUUAUUUCUGGUACCCUAUUUUAUCCCCCCCUUUUUUUCCUGGUUGAAAGUAGUACCAGGAGGCAGGAACAGGGGAGAGAAAUUAUAUAGUUAUAUUGCGUGCCUGUACAAAUAUGUAACAAUUCACUAUUUUAAAUUAUAUGAAAUAAAAAUCAAAAAAUUGAAAGUGA